AUGAUUGAUGUUCUCUAUUCACUUGUGGAUGUUCACGAACGAUUUGAUCAUUUAAUACUUAAUUCAUUUUAUAUUCGUAAUCUUAAUAUGGUUAGCGUGACAUUUGAAUCGUAUUUUGAUCGUAUUUUUUCAAUAGACAAACGUGUUCUUGAUAGAAUAUGUAAAAAAGUCUUACCACGAAUUCAUGAACAAGUACACGAGCUGACUGUUGAACAAUAUUCAAUGAAACGUAUUCUUCAUGCUGUGAAUUAUCCACAACUUAACUCGUUAUCACUUAUUAAUUGUCGAGCAGAUAGACUUUUUCAAUAUUUAACAGUUAUUAGAUAUAAAUUAAUAAUCGUUUUCAUUAUUUACAUUCAAGAUGAUUCAGUUGUUCGUGAUCUUCUUGCUCAACAAAUCACAAAUCUUACUAUCGAUAUUGAGAAUACGCCACCAAUAAAAGAAUACACAGUUCUAUCAGAUAUAUUUGCCUUAAUUUUAUCUCUAUGUAAACGAUUAACUGAUUUGAAUUUUUGCCAAUUCUACCAUUAUCGAAGCUUGCCGAUUUGCAUUUGUUAUGAUGCAACAUUAACACGCUAUGUGUCUUCAACUUUGGCUAAAUUACAAAUUAGUGUCUUAGGUUUUGAUAAUUGUCGUUAUCUCCUCGAUGGACGUUUCGAUUGUUUAUCGACAUUGAUUAUUCAUGUGCAUAAAAUAUUAACUCCAUCAUCAAUCAUAGAUAACACGAAAAAACUUCCCAAAUUAAAAUAUUUCUCAUUGACGUCGGUUGAAUAUACACUGCAGUAUGACAAUGCCAUUAUUCCAUUACUUCGUCGAAUGAUAAAUCUAGAAGAAUUGACAUUGUUUUUGUCAGUAAUAAGACUUGACUCGCCUUAUAUUGAUGGUAUUCAAUUACAUAAUCAAAUUCUUAUUUACAUGCCACAUCUGAACAAACUUACCUUCAAUAUAAACACUGCUGUUGCCAACGUGAAUGCUAGAAUUAAUCUUUCAUCAAAUGAAGAUAUUAAACGUAGUUUCGUUGAAAGAAGAUAUGGUCAAGUGGGUUCAUAUGUUCAUACUUCAUCAACGGGGAUCGAAGGUGGCAUGUUUGAUAAAGUCCUGUAUUUAGUUAUGACUGAUGUAGAUCCUUUUGAACAUGAAUUAUUCAAAAUUAUCUCUCAAGAUUUUUCUCUUCUCAAACAUUUACGUAUAGAGAAUGAUCAACCACAAAAAAAUAAACAACAUUCAUCGACAUUGAUUAUAUUUCCUCAUCUUAUUCUUUUGAAUUUGUUUCUAGCACAUGUGGAUUAUGCAGAACAGUUUCUCUACGAUAGAAACACUUAUAUACCUCGUUUGCUCAAUCUUGGAAUCGAGUACGACUCACUCGUAAUGGUAACAAACAAUUUUAACAAUAAUGGAGCACGUCUCAAUUGCGCUAAAUUGAAAAGACUUGAUCUAGAUGAGUCAUUUGUUCGUCCAGAAAAUUUUCAUCAAUAUUUUCCUUUAUUAUAA